AUGGCAGAAGCGAUCGACGUGCCGCCCGUCGACAACCCUCGAGCGUGGAGCACUCGUAAAAAAGUGCGCGUCACCCUCAUCCUGGGAAGCAUGGUACUCUCCUUCACCUAUCUCUCGACGGCCUUUGCUCUUUCGGCAACAUCGCUCCAGCGCCAAUUCAAAGCAAGCGCCGAGGUGGUCACGCUCGGGCUUUCGCUAUACGUCUUGGGAUUCGCGCUGGGUCCCCUGAUGAUGGGCCCUUUGGCGCAAACCAUGGGCAAGCGUCCCGUCUACGUCUACUCGUGGAUUGUGUUCACAGCAUGCUGCUUUGUCAUGUCCGAGUCGAACAACUUGGCCGUCAUUCUGGCAUUCCGUCUAAUCAGCAGCAUCGCUGGCUCCUCGGCCCUCAACAACGUGCCGGCGUCGUACAGCGACAUGACCACGCCGGCCAGAUUUGCGCCAUUCUUCACAUGCUACGGCUUUUCGGCCUUCGCUGGUCCUUCGCUCGGUGGACUGGUGGGCGCGUUUGUCAACGAGCGUGCUGGAUGGCGAUGGAACUUGCGGCACCAGGCCAUCUUUGUCGCGGUGGUCACCGUGUUUGGCGUUCUGUUUGUACCCGAAACCGAUCAUCCGAAGCUCAAGCGGAUUCACGACGCUAAAUAUGCCUUGAACGACGGCCAAAAGUCGGUCGAGACUGCAGACAAGGCUCGGUGGUCAGCGCGCGUGGCGGAUGCAACACACUCGUUCGGCACAGUAGUGGUGCGCUCCGUCAAGCUUCCCUUCCAUUGGCUACUCACAGACCGGGUAGUGCUGGUGAUCUCUAUCUACACCUCGCUGCUGUAUGCGAUCAUCUACGACUUUUUCGUCAUCAUUCCGUUCGCCUUCGCCUCGAUCCGCCGCUUCAAGCCCGAAUCGAUCGGGUUGAUUUACAUCACGCUCUUCAUCGGCUUCGCCAUGGCUUCGUCCAACUACGUCUUUGUGCAGGAGGCCAUCAAUCGACGCAUCCGUGCCAAAACGGGGAAGACGGUGCUGCCACCCGAAACGUCGCUAUUUCAUGCGAUCUAUGGAUGUGCGCUUGCACCGGUCGGACUUUUCCUGUUCGCCUGGACCGUACCUUUCACGAGUAUCCACUGGAUCGUUCCUGCUAUUGGCAUCGUGCUUCUGUGCGCUGGGUCGAUGUCUGCGUUCACAUCGUUGAUCCCUUACCUAGUGGCGUAUGGGGGCCCCUCAGCUCCGAGCGUGUUAGCCGCUGCUGGUUUCUGUCGAUCUGCUCUGGCAGCUGCGCUGCCGCUCUUCACGCGACAAAUGUGCAAAGGGAUCACAGUGCAGGGAGCUACGAGCCUGUUGGGAGGGCUCGCGCUGCUGCUGACGCCACUGCCCUUGUUGCUGUACAUUCACGGCGGGAAGCUGAGGGAGCACGCCAAGCAACGCAAAGAGGCAGCAGCCGCAUCCGCCACCGCCGCAGCUGCCGCCAGCACUGCAGGCAGUAGCGAAAAGGACCUGGCUGAUAAAGAGGAGCAGCCCCUCGCGCAGGGAGCUAGCAUUCCGCCAGGGGGCGCGAUUGAGAAUCAGCCCUCGCAAUCCUCGCUAGACAUUUCGUCCGCUCCUUCGGGCGACGUUGCAUGA